AAUACAUAAGUGCGUAAAGUAGGUCACAAAUACUCUUGUGCAACACUAACACACACUCUCUUCUUAGCUACACACUUGUGGCGGUUUCCAUUGAGCCGCAGCAAAAAGACGACUUUUAGAAACUAUUUGCUUCGGUCCGUUGUCACCUGCAGCAAAUGUGACCAGAUAAAUUAGUAUUAGGGCGGCGAUGGGCUCCAGCCCAGUUCAAAUUAUUUUUCUAAUUAGUAUAACUAUUGUUUUAGCACCGCACCUGCGCCUCCUUUAUGCAAAGACGCGGAAGUGCGAAGAAGAAAGGUCGAAGAACAAAGACAGAGCUACAGAGGUUGUGACGAAGAAAGGAAGUUGCGCUGUGAGCUGCGACCCUGCCACGCCACGCCGCGUUCUGCCGUCCCACGCCGCGUUCCGCCGUCCCACGCUGCGUUCCACCGUCCCACGCCGUGUUCCGCCGUCCCACGCCGCUUGUCCAGUGCCCUGUGUUGUCGGCCAUCCUUCCUCUCUGCCAUUCUCUUGACUCCGGCUCUGGGCUCUGCCUUCAACUCCCCUGCUCCAGGCUCCAGGUGAGCUUUUUAGAUUUUUAAUGCAUUAUUUUCUGAGUGUGUUAUUGUGUAUUAUUUUAAUUAGCCUUUUAGAGUUUUAGGAUUAGUGAAUCAAUUUGAUUGUGAAUUGAAUUUUUCAGUAUAAACUAAAAUAGUGUUUAAUUCAUUAUAAAUUUAUAAUGAUGAGAGAGAGAAUUAAAAAAUUAGAGAAUGAUUUAUUUAUUAGUUUUAUGUACAAUGAUUGUUUUUUCCUUAUUAAUUUUAUAAUUUUAUAGAAGUGUAUUAAUUCAUACCAAUAUUGAAAAUGUUCUCCUCUCUCUUUCAAGCAAGCUAUUUUAUUUUUCUCUAUCUUUAUUUUUGUAUAUUUUUUAAAUUACAGUUUGUUUAAUUUUAACCCUAAUUGGUUUUAGGGAUUAUUACUUACUAAAGAAAAACAAUCAGAACUCCAACUUGAAAUUUCAUCUAUUUGAAUUGAUAAGUAGCUUCUUGUGUAAUGAGUUUUAGUACUUAAAACAAAAAGUAACUCUAAAUUUAGUUCUCUCAUAUCUCUGCUUUUAGAUUUUGCAAUCGGAAGCAAGGAUUGUUGUUUCUUAUUCAAAGCAGAACAUGGAACUCUAAAUUUAGUUCUCUCAUAUCUAAAAUAUAGAUAUGGAACUCCAAAGCAGAAUUUAGAAUAGGAAGCUUUUUUCAAAACCUGAAAUAAGGCUGGCUCUCUGGUGCGCACGGGUAAAGACCUACUGCCGCUUUGCCGACUGAGUCACCGUGAUUUACUCCCCCACCAUCCUGUCGGGUCGGGGUGGGGGGCCCUUGGGGUUGGGGAUUCAACCUUUUGGACGUAGAAUAGGAAGCUUUUAUUUUUCUUAAAUAUUUCGUUCUUAAAGAAGAAAUAUGCACAAAUCGGUGGAAGAGUCUAAUGUAGAAAAUAUGUUUUUUUUUUCAUAUUGGUUUGUAGUUAGGGGAGUAUCCAGUGGAGGCAUGUAAAUUUCAUCUUUCAGUCCACGACCUGUCCAACAAUUCAAUGUCCGGUUUGCCUCUUGAAACCAGUAUUGCCAGAAUUUUGUGACUCAUGUUUAUGGGAAUUCUUUGGUGCACUUUAUAAUGCAUGAAUACAUUGACAGAUGUUUCCAUAUUCACUCUGGAGUUUGGGAAGUUAAACAUAAACACUAGAUGUCUCCUGUUCUGGUUUGUAAAAUAUUUAUUUGAUGUCCUCAUGUCCCUUGGGUAGUAUUUUUUUUGUGUGUAGUCGUGUGGCCUUCCUUAAAAAUUAAGGUAUGGGUAAACUUUUUAUAGUGACUAGCUCCACCGCUUUCACGGCCCCUUACCCCAGAAACCCAACUUUGGCUUGGCCUUACGGGUUACUAUACACCGCUUGGCCCUACCACUUGAAGGAUUUGUUGGGGGAGCAUAGUACCACUGGUGCUAGUGGGAAUCGAACACGAGACCUCUCCUAUGCAGGGGUAACCUCACAACCAGCUGGACUGGAAGUUCUGGUUGUCGUGUGGCCUUCCUUGAGUUGAUGUUUCGUAUGGUAAGAAAUGCCUGGAUUGAAACACAUACCUUCUUGAAUGUUUUUCUUCAUUGGCUAAUGUAGGUUGAACAUUAUUUUAGGGCUAAUGACAACUUUGCGAAAGCUUUUACUUGCUGUUAAUUCAAUGUGAAGACUUCAGAGGUUUGAUUGUCAUAUUGCUAUGUUGAUUUUAUUUUUGUUUUACCUUCUAUAGUAGAUAAUACUCAUUUAUUCAAAACGUAAUUUAAUUGUUCGAUCAUCAUUUUGACCAACCCGUGUACUAAAUCUUAUUAUGUAGGCUCUAGUCCUGCUGUUAAAGCCUAAUACGGAGUAUAUAUGAUCACAACAGUUACAGACUUGGACAUCGAUUUAAAACUAAAGAAGAGUUUCAAAAUGAUCGUUAACAAUAAUUUUCAAACAUGAACAUUAACUUUGAAAAAUGCAUGUUUGUCAAACUAUGUAUUAGUAUAACAUGUCUUUCUAUUAUUGUAUUCAUUAACUUAUUUUAUUUUUCUACUAAAUACUAAUGUGAGUUUUUAAAUAUUGUUUAUGAUUUGUAUAUAAAGAUGAGCCGAAGUUGGAUGUUCGGCAAGCGGAACACCUUAGAGUUCAUGAAUGGGGUUGCUGAAUUUUGUAAACGUGCCUUAGAACGUCGCGUGUCGACAGGUUCUGAUGAAUGCUAUUGUCCAUGCGUUGAUUGUGGAAAUGUGAAUUCAUUUUCAAAAAUAGAGACAAUCAGAGAGCAUUUAAUUCGUCGUGGAUUUAGACAACAAUACUGUGUAUGGGUGUGGCACAGUGAGAAAUUAAAGGGGUAUAUGAAGAAAAUGCAACCAAUGUGAAUGAGACGCCAAAUAUUGAUCAAACCAUGCAUUCUUAUUUUGAGUUUGAUUAUGAGGACACGGAAACUAAAGAUGAAGUCGGGGAUGACAAACCAGAUGAAAUUGAUGAAAUGAUAGGUGGAGUCAAAGACCACUAUGGUGGAAGACCAAAGAUCUUUGACAGUUUAUCACAAGCUGCAGAAAAGCCACUAUACCCUGGAUGUACAAAGUACACCAAGUUAUCUGAUGUGCUAACACUUCACAAUGUGAAAGCAAAGAAUAAUUGGAGCGACACCAGUUUCACAUCUCUUUUGGAAGUGUUACACGACAUGUUUCCUGAUGGAAAUGAAAUGCCCACGUCAAAUUAUUAUGCAAAGAAACUAUUGUGUUCGUUGGAUUUAGAGUACAAAAAUUUUGGAAUGCGGGAUUACAUAGAGGGUUUGGACACAACGCGACAUCAGCCUGGAUGGAUGUGCCCUGAUGCAAUAUUCGCGACAUCAUGCGAAUAAUAUAACCUUGAAGGUGUCAGAACUUACCUAGAAAGAGCUAUGACCGAGUCGCUGCAUGACAGAAAAAAUUCCAUUCUUGCUCCUUAUUAUGAAAGUUAUGUAUAUCUUUAUACUUUAUAGAAUCUUUGUUUAUGAAUUGUCAUAAUUUACUUGAUAAUGUGCAUUAUAAUUUAAUUUUGUAUAGUUAUCAUUGGGUGCUACUUGUGAUUUGGAUUCCUCGUGGUACUAUCUUUAUGUUCGAUUCACUUCGAAGCACUACAAUGUGUCGUUUGUUAAUCACAUCAUUGUUUAGCAGGUUGGUUUUUAGAAUGUUUAUGUUGUCAUUCAUAUAUGUAUAGGCUUUUUAUGGUUUAUGAUUUAUGAAAAGAUUAUUAUUGAAUUAUCUUGUAUUAUUUCUCUCAUCAAUCUUUUUAAACUAAAAAGUGUCUUCAGAAACAUGCCCAAUGAUGGUGAAAGCAGAAAGAAAGUAAUUUGGAAACAAAUGAAAGUGCAUACAUUUUUUCAAUAAGUGUGUAGCUAUGUUUCUCUAUAUAUGUGAAUUGAUGCUAAUGUGUAUAAAACGUCAUUAUGUAUAUGUAUUAGUGUGCAAAACAAACAGGCAGAUUGGAGUGUGGAUUCUACGUGAUGAAAUUCAUAUAUAACGCCGUUAAAUAUAUCAUGAGUGAUCAAGAUAUGGAGCAAGUUUAUGAGAGCAUCAAAGUAGAUGGGCCUUUGUCAAGUGAUGACAUAGCUGAAGUCCGUGAAGUCGUCGCCAUAUACGUUUGCGAUAAUUUGUUGUAAACUAUAUAGCAGUGAUAAAUUUGCCAUAAAACCGUGUUUUGUAUUGUAGUUAUUGUGUAUAAAUUUUGUGGUGUAUGACUUCGUUCUUUUAAACUAUGUAUUUGAUUUGUUUUGUUAAA